GGCAUGUAUCCUUGUGUCCGAGCACAUUGUACGGGGUCCAGCUUCGCAGCCAUGAGGCGCCAGCCAGGUUUGGCUGGCCUGAUGCGGGGACAGGCCCAGCAAAACGCCCUCAGUGCUGUAGGCGAGCGGAUUGAGGCCGACAACAGUCAGCAAGCUCGGGCCUUGCUGCAAAACUUGCAGCAGUCUUUGCGGGAGUUUGCUGCUCGACAUCGUGAUCGCAUCAACUCUGACCCUCAAUUUCGGAAGUCCUUUUGUGACAUGUGCAUGGCCGCUGGUGUCGACCCCCUGGCAAGCAGCAAGGGUCUCUGGGACGAGUUCUUGGGUGUCGGUCAAUUUUACAACGAUCUGGCAGUGCAAGUGUUGACCCUCUGUCUCACGAGCCGUGACGAGAAUGGUGGGCUGCUGGAUUUGAAGCAGUGCCUCACAACCCUCAGGCGUUCUAGAGCGAGGGGUGAUCUUGGUGUCGAUGACAUUGAUCGAGCUGUUGAUUGUCUAGCCCAGCUUGGGCCUGGAGUUUCCAUUCGCAUCUGUGGAAAGCACCGCUUGAUCUGCUCAGUUCCUGAGGAGCUGAGCGAUGAUCCAGCGCAGGCCUUGGACUUGGCAGCCCGCACAGGCGGCAAGGUCUCUGCAGAAGAUCUAGUGAAGCAAUAUGCUUGGAGCCGAGAGCGUGCUGAGAGUGCCCUGCGCCACUGCAUUCGCGAAGGCUUAUGCUGGAUUGACACCCAAGAUGACCAGGUGCCCAUGUGGUGCUGGUUUCCGAGCAUUGCUUUGGCCGAAAUGGACAAAGCUGCAUAA